AUGGCACCACGCAGUCCUCGUCGUCGACCUUACAGCGAGGAUGAGGAAAGCGAAGACCCUGAGUUUACUCCCCCAACCCAACCUUCGAGCCGCAAACGCCCCCGCCCCAACCCCGCUGAAAGCGAUGAGGAAUCGGAACAUGGAGAGGAGAGCGAAAGUGGAGGCGAAGAAGAGAGCGACGGAGAUAAUGCUGCAUCCGAAACACCAGAAGCAGUUUCUCAGGCCCCGCCUGCGAUAGCCCACGAUGGCCUUGGCCCUGGUGGAUAUAAGCCGGGCGCGAUCGUGCGGAUCAAGGUGACAAACUUCGUGACCUACACGUCCGCAGAGUUCCAUCCUGGACCAAAGCUCAACAUGGUCAUUGGACCAAAUGGAACUGGCAAAAGCACCCUGGUCUGUGCCAUCUGCUUGGGUCUGGGAUGGGGACCUCAGCAUCUUGGACGCGCUAAAGAUCUAGGCGAGUUUGUAAAGCAUGGGGCCCGAGAGGCUAUGAUUGAGAUUGAACUAUGCGGGCCGCCCAAGACCCGUAACAAUCCUGUCAUCCAGCGAAUUAUCAAGCGCGACGGCAACAAGAGCUCAUUCACACUCAAUGGAUCCCCUGCUUCUAAGAAUGAUGUGCUGAAACUGGCUCAGUCGUUCGCCAUUCAAGUAGACAAUCUCUGCCAGUUCCUUCCUCAGGAUAAAGUCGCUGAGUUUGCUGCACUUACACCGAUUGAGCUUCUGCAUUCUACGCAAAGAGCAGCAGCUGGUCCGGAAAUGACCCAGUGGCAUGAUGCCUUGAAGAGGCUACGAGCCGAGCAGAAGAAACUUGAGAUGGACAACAGUGGCGACAAGGAAUUGCUUGAAAAUAUGGAGAAUCGCCAAGAAAUGCAAAGAGCUGAUGUCGAAAGAAUGCGUCAGAGAGCCGGAAUCAAGCGGAAAAUCGAGAUCCUUGAACGUUGCCGUCCAAUUGUGGAGUAUAAGGAACACCACAAUGCUGUCGAGGCCCUGAAGGUUACCAAAGCUGAAGUCGAAAGAGAAUAUCUUCGGAUUCAAGCAGAAAACGAGCCUAUUUUGCGUGCCGUCAACGCCAAAGAGGCUUAUAUCGAGCAAUUGAACGGUGUGAAAGAUGGCCGAAAGGAUUCUGUUGACCAGGCAUCUAGGGUCGCCACUGCCCGCAGCCAAAAAAUCGAGGAAUUUGAGAAUAAGAUAAAGGAUCUCAACGAUCGGAUUGAGGCCGAAAGGAAGAGUGGUACAAGGCACAAAUCCGAAGCAGCAUCAGCUCAGCAAGCUAUCAAUAGACUUCGACGCCAACAAGAAGAGGAGCCCGUGGAGUUCGACCCAGAAUUUUACAACGAGAGAUUGAGAGAGAAAAGACUCGAGAAACGCGAGCUUGAGAUGAAGGCCAGAGAGAUUAAGGACAGAAGGCAGCCCUUUCAGAGCCAGCAACAGCAAGUGCAAAGGAAUAUUCAGCAGGCCGAACGCCAGUUGAGCAGCUUGGACUCAGCCGCUGGCCAACAAGAGCUGAAAUUGCAGAAAGCAUCUUAUGAUACGCUGAAAGCCUAUAGAUGGCUCCUUGAGAACCAAGACAAGUUUGAAAAAGAAGUCUUCGGUCCUCCAAUAGUUACAUGCUCAAUCACCGACCCCAAGUUCGCCGACGCCGUCGAGUCUUUAUUCCAGAAGACAGACUUCACGUCGUUCACCGUGCAGAGCAGGAAUGAUUUCCGCACCUUGCAACUUGCGAUUAACCAAACCUUAAAACUCCAUGAUAUCAGCAUCCGCACCUGCUCGCUGUCAUUGGAUGCUAUGAAACCUCCAAUGUCCAAUGAUCAACUUACCCAAUUGGGAUUCGAUGGCUGGGCAAAAGAUUUUCUGGUCGGGCCCAGCCCUGUCAUUGCCAUGCUGUGCAGUGAAAAGAACCUGCAUUCGACUCCUAUUGGACUGCGUGAAAUAUCAAAUGAAGUGUUUGCCCGCUUGGAAGAGGGUUUGUUGAGCUCCUGGGUAUCUGGGAAAAGAAGCUAUCAGGUGACCCGGCGUAGAGAGUAUGGACCCGGUGCCACAUCAACCCGGGUUCGAGAGAUCAAGUCUGCCCAAGUGUGGACCGAGCAGCCUGUUGAUGUUUCCCUUAAACGUGAACACCAAGAGAACAUCACUUUAUGGAAUGAACAGCUGCAAGACAUCAAGGGAAAGAUUGAGUCCGAAAGGGCUUCCUUGUUAAAGAUACAGGAAGAAUACGAGCAGGUCGAGCGAGACACGAAAGAAAUUGAGGAAGAAAAGAGCACAAAACAGACAGCUCACACUCAAUACCGGGCAAUCCCAGAGAAGAUCUCUCAACAAGAGGCCAAAGUUCAAAAUAUUACAGCGAUGUUUGAAGGGGUACGGGAUAGGGUUCGUGAGAUUCGCAACCGGCAAGACGAUAUUGCAAUCCAAAAGGCUGAGGCCGCUGUCGAAUAUGCUGAUGCUGUUGAAUUAUUCCGCCAAGCUCAUGAGGAGCUCAUGAAAGUCGAGAUCCUAUUCUUGGAGGCGACUUCCGAUCUUCAGACCUUGCGGCAUCGUAACAUUGAUAGUACGAAGUUACUAGAAGCAAAGAGACGAGAAGCCCAGGAAGCUACUGUUAAAUUAAGGGAAUCUAAAGUGAAGGCCCGAGCAAUCCUGCAAAAAGCUCAGCGCAUCAGCCGGGAGCUACAUGACCAACCCGAUGCGCAAGCUCUACUCGAAGAGCUGGAUGAUCAUGACAUGGAUAAACUCGAAGCCGACAUUGACUCCGAGAAGGCCCGGCUGGAACUCACCCAUGGCGGUAGUAGCCACAUGAUCAAGGAGUUCGAAGACCGUGAAAAGGCCAUUGAGAAGUUGCGCUCCAAACUCGCCGACUUCUUAGAUAAGCUUACGGAACUUGGCAACGCCAUCGCGGACAUCCGGAAGGACUGGGAGCCCAAAUUGGAAGCGCUCAUCGAGAAGAUCAGCGAUGCCUUUGGGGAUUCUUUCCGCCGCAUCGGAUGCGCUGGCCAGGUCACCUUAGGCAAAGUGGAAGGUGAAGCUGGGCCCAAUGGCGAACCUGGUCCGAGCGAAUUCGGGGAGUGGUCGAUCGUGAUUCACGUUCAAUUCCGUGAGGGCGCAGGGCUGUCGGUCUUAGAUUCACAUCGCCAGUCUGGUGGUGAGCGGGCGGUGAGUACCAUCUUCUAUCUCAUGGCACUCCAAUCGCUCUCCGCCUCACCUUUCCGGGUUGUCGAUGAGAUCAAUCAAGGUAUGGACCCGCGAAACGAGCGCAUGGUUCAUGGACGCCUGGUCGACAUCGCCUGUGCGGGUGAGACCGAGGAAACCGACGAGAAUGGCAACGUCAUCGGCGGCGGCGGAGGUGGUCAGUAUUUCCUAAUUACACCGAAGCUGCUUGAACAACUGUCAUACAAACCGGGUAUGCGUGUGCUUUGCAUCUACAGUGGAGAACAUAUGCCGGAGGAUUAUGACAGGACCAAUUUCAAAAAGGCCAUUCGGAGCAUGAGGAAAGUGGCCGCCAACGCGAUCACCAGUGGAUCGGAAGUCAUGCAGAGCAGCGGGCAAGUGGAUGUCUAUGCCUAA